AUGAAAAGUGAAGAUGUGUUAUUUGACUUUUUAGAAAAGCAAGGUGCUCGUCCCUCUUUGUCAGGGGUGGACUGGGCACACCAAAAUUGGCAUAAUUUGCAGAGUGUUUCAGACCGUAUUAGUGUCUUACAGAAUGAGGCUCGUACACAAGCUGGAAAAGAAAAGUUGUUUAUUUGUGCCGUACUCGGGGCUGCUUUAAAAGCUGCCGUGGAGUUUCGAAAUGAAAAGCAUUCAGCAGAACUCCAAACCAUAGAAGCCCUACAGGAAUCGGUUAGAGUUACACAAGAAUUGGUAAAAACUCUGCAGAAUCAAAUAGUUAAUCUCGAGGAACAAUUAGAAAGAGAGAAACAUAAUUCGGCCUUGUUGCAGAUGGCUUUCAAAGAACUUAAGAAAAGACUAGACAAAUUAGAAAUCCCAAUAGCUCCAUUGAGUCCCUUGAUAAAAACAGAAUAUACCUUCGAUAACAGCGAGGAUCUAGAUCCUCAAAUGAAUGUUAAAGAAAUUCCCUUCUCGGCCACUGAGCUUGCAAAAUUGAAAAGGGACUUUAGCCGCUCUCCAAAGGAAUCAGAAACAGAAUAUGUAUGGAGGGUGAGUCUCACUGGUGGCGACCAGAUUCAGUUAACAGAAAAGGAAGCAGAAGGUUACUGGGGACCAGGAGUAUUUUUAACUACUGGUAACAAUCGUGCUCCCUGGUCAUUAACGCAAAGGGCUGCCUAUUGGGCAGGUGGUCUCAACCCUUUAGAACGGGGAGACCCUCUUGCCAUUACUGGAACUACUGACCAAUUAGUAGAGAGCGUUCAAAAGGCUGCUUGUCUCCAAUUGAUGUAUGAUAGAAAGCUGCAGCCGCAUCAUGAAUCGCCCAUGAUGAUGCCCGUUGAUCCUGAGAGAAUGACCCUUUUAAUUAGAGGGCUUCUGGAAUCACUGAAACCCAUAGGCAUACAAUUACAAGCAAGGAUACAAACUAUGUCACAGGGCGAAAGAACCCGGGCAGUGUUAAAAGAAACUGUAACCCCCAACCAUCUGCAGUCAGGAUGCAAAGUAUGGACGUGGAGGGAGGUAGCCCAAGAGUUAAUUAACUAUGGAAGAAAAUAUGGGACAGUGAUUUCUUUUCCCAGUAAAUCCGAGCCAAGAAGUGUAAGGCUUGCAACAGAGACCCCCAGGCCACCUAGCCCAAAGCUCAGUGGGUCUGGAAGGGUCUCAUUGCCAGUAAAAACCGGUAGGCGGAAUAUCUUUCAUAAACGUAAUGGACUUUGGACUCUGGGUUGGAAAAAGGGUAUUCCACGAAAUUUGAUGGAUGGAUUGACAACAGAUAGGUUAGAGAAAUUAGUUAACUGGUGA